UUUUCGCUCCCCCCCAACCUCCUGUGGUGGUGGCUUGGAAGCAUGGAGCUCCGCGGCGAGCGCGUGACUGGUCCUGGUGUUCCUUCGUCUUCUGUAGACUGCUCGCGGGUCACGGUGUCCAGGGAGCUGCUGACGGCGGGGAGCGAGGGUUCGGGAGGUAUCUGGGACCAGUUGCUCAUCAGCUCUAAGCCGAAUUCCAGGAAGACCUCUUCACUUCAAACAGUUCGGAUGCAGAGGAGCCCUUUGCUAGACCAGGUUCAGGCCUUUCUCCCACAAAUGGCCGAGGCAAAUGAGAAACUGAGGAAGGAAAUGGCAGCUGCUCCAGCUGGUCAUUUCAACAUUGAAAACAUCAACGAGACGUCUGGAAACAUCAUACAGAUGGAUGUGGCUUUAUUUGAAAUGCAUCAGUCAGAUUCAAAAGAGGAGGAGGGCAGUCCAGAAGAGAGCUCACAGGACAGUUCUGGGGACAGCUCGGAGUCUGAAGAAGAUGACUGCAUUCCCUCUGAAGUCACCAUCGAGAACAUUAAGUUUCCAAACGCAGACGGUGGCAAAGGCAAGAUUGAAGUUUUGGACAGUCCGGCAAGUAAAAAAAAGAAACAGUGAAAUGAACCACAUGAAAGCAGCAGGUGCUCCCUGCCUGGGGAUGGUGGGGAAGGCGUCCUGCUCUGAUUGACUUUAGUCCUAACGUGUCACAAAGAAAAACUCACGAACCCAGGUGUAUUUUACAUAGUGCUCAGAGCUUGGCUGCAGAGAGGGUAGAGCCCUUGGACUCUGAGAAGAUAAGAAAGAAAUGACAAGAUUGGUUCAUGUAGACGUUUGCUCUAGAGUGGGCUGUAACUCUUUGACUCAUCUAUGCUGAAAUCAAGCUAUUGGUUACGAGAUCCCCACUGCCAGUUUGGGGUUUUGAUAUGUUUUAUUUCAAGGCAGGUUGCAGUUUGUUAUAUAGGAACUGGGUACUAGAGACAAGCCCAGGAUGACAGCCCCCUGCCAUUUAACUGUGACUGUGCCUAUAUUUAGUUCAGGAAAACCCAAGCUGCCUUUUAAAGAUUUGUAAGGGAUAGCAGUUGACAUCCUGUUAGAGCAGAUUGAUCUUUGCUCCUUCUGUGAAGAGAGAGCUUAGAAACCACUAGUGCUAUAUGUGAGUCUUGUAUGUGAGUGUGAAGUCAUGUAAAAUUGUUGUUUCAAAUUGUAAUGCUACCGACAGCCUGAAGAAUGACUCCAGUUCUCCAGUUAGCUUAGAGAGUGGAUAACUUGGGUAGCUGUUUCACUGACCAUCCAGUCUUAGAUGAUGUUAUCAAGGCUGGCAAGUGCCAGCGGCGGGAAGAUGAGCCUUCUGUUCAGGAGGCUGCUUGAGCAGAGGAACUGUGCCCUGUGACUCAGUGGAGAUGGUAACACCUUUGUCGCUUAUCCUGGUGAUUUGCCAUACCAUGAGAUACUUGUUUCCUCUGAGCCAGGGUCUCUGGUUGGUUCUGGCAGCUACUGCUCCACCUUCAAGCUGGGUUAGGGCAUCAAGCCUGGACUGCCAAUUUUUCCACACUCCAGCAUUCACCACCCUUCUGUACUUUGCUUCAUAGUCCUGAGCCCCUAGAAAGAAGAAGGUAUCAUGGUAAUUUUUGCAGAGUGAAAUGUUCAGGGCAUGCAUAACUACCUUCCUGACUGAAGAGAGUCCACCAUGUGUGCAGGUCAGAUCAUCAUAGGUUACAAUCCCUGCUACCCAACGCAAGAAGAGGUUCUCCUCAGUGACAGUUGGUAGCUACCAUAUGACUGAUCAUCAUAUUCAAAGGAUAAUUGUCUUUUUUAUUUCUGUGAAGAGACACUUCAUGACCAAGACAAAUAGUAAAAGGAACGCGUUUUAACUGUGGGCUUCCUUUCAGUUUGAGAGGGUGAGUCUAUAACACUCAGGUCGGGAGUGUGGGGGUGGGCAGGGCGCCAGGCAGAGUAGAGUAUAAGACUGGACCUGGCUGGACUUUUGAAACCUCAGAAGUCUGUCCGUGUUCCCCCGCCCCCAGUUGCAUACCUUUCCCCACAAGGCUCCAGCUCCUAAUUCUUACUAAACAGUUCACCAGCUAGGAACCAAACAUUCAAAUCUAUAAGGACCAUUCUCAUUUAAACUAUCACAGUGAUUGAUUGGGUACAUGUGUGUUUGGACAUAGGAUUUUCUUUAGCCCGAGUAUGGAGGAGGCUAGACAGACAGUUGGAAGAUGGCGAACUGUUCCUGUGCAGGUUGAACCGCCACAGAACCUGCUGUUCCCAAGUAACACACAGGUAGUGGAGUACUUGGUGUCCUCAGGCAAGUGAGGCUCCCCCUUGGGCCCAACAACACCCUCAGAUACUGACUGCUGGGGAUUGGGUAGUGCUUUCUGGUAUAAGCCCAGGUUGGUGUUCUAGGCUCCUGAAGUCAGCAUUUGGUGUCCUAGGUGGUAGGGAUGACCAUUUAGCUCUGAUACACAUCCAAAUAUAGUGACAGUAGUCACUUCUGGGAUCUAUCUCCCUGGCCAACAACUCACAGGAAACUAGACAACCCUGGGAUUGGAGUUUUUAACUUAACAGCCCUACAGUUCCUGGAAGCACUCUGCAUGUGUAGUGAAACUUCAGCUGCCAUUUAAAUAUAUAUGCCGUUUCUGUAGUCUGGAUUCUGUUUUUCCUUUUUUUUUCUUUUUUGUGGUACCUUAUAGUCUUGUCAAAAAAGUUCUCUUCACACAUUCCUUUUUGGAUGUACUGAUUAUACUGUUGGUGAAGCACAUCUGACCACACCAGUUCAGUCAGUCAACAGGGUCUCAAGAGAGGGAGUGAGAAUUGAAAAGAAAAAGUUAGACAAAAUUACAACAUGACUCCAGCCUGUACUGAGGCUGAAGUGGCUUCAUUUCUCUCCAGCCUGCUUUUAUAUCAUUCUAGGUACAUCCAAAAACAUGGUCAGUUCUUAGAUAGAAGACAAAGUAAUCAAGUGAAGUAGUAAACUUGAAGAUCGCAUAAGGUAGUAAUUAAGUAAAGUAGUAAGCAAAGAUAUCACAUAAGGUAGUAAUUCAGCAAAGUAGUAAAGCCCAGUGGUCACUGUUUCUAAUAUUCUUAUCUGAGCAUACUUCUUGUCCGAGCUCAGUGACAAAUGCCAAAUUCCUAGAAGCGGUACCAAAAGUUUUCAAUACAUAUCCUGCUAAAUUCCACUUGUUUUAGGGUUUCCCUUUGUGAUUAAUAGUUGCUCUAGUAUUGUGUACCUUGGGCUUACCUCUCUUGAUGGCACGGCUAUGAAACCCAUUGAAACUGUUAAGUGGUUUUAUGUCUUGUACCCUAGCUGAAGGCCCUAAGACUGGUUACCUCUAAGGUAAACAUUGGGACACUAGGCAUACAGUCACUUAAGCUGUCCCCCAAAAAUGUAAGUUCAAAGUCUUUUUGAGGGAGAGGGUCAUAUUGAAGGGAGUUGUGGGAGUUGAAGGGGGUGUCAGGGUGCAGAUGAUCAAGAUGGAUUGUUUACAUGCAUGAAAUUGUCAGAAAUUAAUAAAUUCUAUUUUAAAAUGUGUUUAAAGCA